CCCGCCGCGUCCCUCGCCCGCGGCCUCGUCGCUCCGUCGCUCCCGUCGCUCCCGUCACUCCGUCGCUCCGUCGCUCCCGCCGGCACCAUGAGCUUCUCCCGCAGCUCCGUCUACUCCAGCAGCUACCGGCCCGUCGGCGGCCAGAGCAUCGUCAGCACCCGCCGCUUCGCGCCCAUCAGCAGCGCGGCCAGCGUCUACGCCGGCGCCGGCGGCUCGGGCUCCAGGGUCUCCGUGUCCAGGAGCAGCAGCCUGGGGAGCGCCGGAGGCGCCUACGGAGCCGGGAUGAGCGGCAGCCUGCUGCUGUCGGGCGCCGGGGCGGUGCAGAGCGAGAAGGAGACCAUGCAGGACCUCAACGACCGCCUGGCCACCUACCUGGACAAGGUGCGGAGCCUGGAGCAGGAGAACCGCAGGCUGGAGGUCCAGAUCCGCGACUUCAUGCAGAAGAAGGGCCCCAGCGCCCGCGACUGGAGCCACUACUGGGAGGUCAUCGAGGACCUGCGCGGCAAGAUCUUCGACGCCACGGUGGACAACGCCCGCACCGUGCUGCAGAUCGACAACGCCCGCCUGGCCGCCGACGACUUCAGGGUCAAGUACGAGGCCGAGCUGGCCAUCCGCCUCUCGGUGGAGAACGACAUCGUGGGGCUCCGCAAGGUCAUCGACGACACCAACAUGGCCCGGCUGCAGCUGGAGGGCGAGAUCGAGUCCCUCAAGGAGGAGCUCAUCUUCAUGAAGAAGAACCACGAGGACGAGGUGAAGAGCCUGCAGGCGCAGAUCUCCGACUCGGCCCUCACCGUGGAGGUGGACGCGCCCAAGUCCCAGGACCUGGGCAAGAUCAUGGCCGAGAUCCGGGCGCAGUACGACGCGCUGGCCCAGAAGAACCUGGAGGACCUGGAGAAGCAGUGGGGGCAGCAGAUCACCGAGAGCACCAUCGAGAUCACGCAGAGCAGCAAGGACUUGGACACGGCCCGCAGCACCGUGGUGGACCUCCGCCGCACCGUCCAGACCCUGGAGAUCGACCUGGAGUCCCUCCGCAACCAGAAAGCCGGCUUGGAGGCCAACCUGCUGGAGGUGGAGAACCGCUACGCCCUGCAGCUGGAGCAGCUCAACGGGCUGCUGCUGCGCGCCGAGGCGGAGCUGGCGCAGGUGCGGGCCGAGCUGCAGCGCCAGGCCGAGGACUACCAGGCGCUGCUCAACAUCAAGGACAAGCUGGAGGCCGAAAUCGCGACCUACCGGCAGCUGCUGGAGGGCGGAGAGGAGUUCAGCCUGCGGGACGCCCUGGAGAAGGAGACCACCUCCACCGUGCAGAGGUCCACCCAGAAGGUGGUGGACGGCACCGUGGUGUCGGAGACCAAGGAGGUGAAGGUGCGAACGCACUGAGCGGGCCGGCGCGGAGGAGACGCGUCGGACGCCCCGCGGGGACCCUGCUCCCGCCCGACGCCCCCGGCAUCGCCGUCACGGCAAUAAAAUGUCCCGUUA